GCACGCCGUCUAGAACUACAAUCGCUUACGUUUGUCUGGGGUUAUUGCUACGCACCAAUAAAAUUUGUUUUGUAUUUUGGAAUAAGUUUUACUCGUGAUUACGCUGGCGAGAUACCAGGGAUCAUGAAGGUUUUCAUCGUUAUCGCUAUCUUUUGCGCUGUUGCAUCUGCGGCUGAUGACUAUUGUUACAAGGACGCAGUUGAGGCCUGCAAAACGACCAAUAAAAAAUAUACUUCCACUCUUAACUGUACUGCCAGAUAUGGAGCUAUCGAUGCAGUUCAACCGGAGCUACAGAAGUUUGCCAACCACCACUUCAUCCGGUCCUUCGAAUAUUUGCUGAUGUCCACCCAUUUCGCCAACUACGAAAAGAACCGUGCAGGAUUUGAGAAGCUUUUCCGAUCUCUCUCCGAUAGCAAAUGGGAGGAAGGUAUCGAGCUCAUCAAGUACAUUACCAAACGCGGAGGUUACAUGAACUUCGCAGCAAUUUCCGAGGAUUUGGCUCUGGAGAACGAGGUGGAUCGCAGUUUCGAACUAUACGAACUGGCUGCUGUUGCCAAAGCUCUGGAUUUUGAGAAGAAAUUCGCUCUGGAGGCUCACGAAAUUCACAGCGAAGCUACAAGGAAGAGCAAGAGCUUCCACGAUCCCGAAAUUUCGGAUCAUUUGGAGAAGGAGUUCGUUCAUAAACAAAGAGAUGUGAUCAGGAAGUUAGCUGGCUACACCACCGAUUUGAGUGAUUUGUUGGACGGUCCGGACAGCUCACUGUCUCUGUUCUUGUUUGAUGAGUACCUCCAGAAGGCUUAGGAAGUCAUUUGAUUUUGGUUAUAAAAUUAUAUAUGAUAGUUUAGUCAAUAAUUCAUUGUGUGAUAAAUCCAUUUUUGUUACAAUUUCGUUAAGGCUGUUCCUAUAUUGUUUAAUAAAGGAUUUUAAUUCAUA